UCAUGGGGGUGGCGUGUGCAUCUUCCUGCGCACGUUGCAGGGGCAGCCCGAGGGGGGAGGGGGGCAGGAGCGCCAUUCCAAUAGCACCCCUCAAUACCCCAAACCAAUAUUACCCCCACCCGCCACCUCCCCCUUCAAAUGAAUCGGCAAGCACCUCUGAUGGCCAGCUGGCAGGGAGAGUUCAGCUAAGAGCAACAAGUGUGUGUGUGUGUGUGUGUGUGUGUGUGUGUGUGUGUGUUAUUAGGUGUCUGCAGUUCUAAUAAAGGAAAGUGUCCUUCGCCGCCUCAUCAGACGGCUUUGCUGCGCUUUGUCCGCCUGUCUGAUUUCUCUCAGGCCGUCAGUCCCGCACAAGCCCACGCGCCGGAUGUGCCCCGGCCCUCCGGACCACCUGCAAACCGCCGCCGAGACCACCAGCAGCAGCACCUUUUGUCUCGGGAGUCUUUCUAAAUGAGGGGGUGGUGUGAAAGGGAUGACGGUGACGUGCGUGCGCAUUUGAUUUGAUUGCAGCGCUGGCGUGUGGAGUUUGUCGCAUGUCGCAGGUCCAGGCCAGUGGAAAUGUUGGGGUGUCCGGCGAGGUUAUUUUGGGAUCACUGACAACGCGUCAAUGGCUACAGAUGCAUCGCAAAGGAAGGCUCUGAGCUACCAACAGACCUUGCUGUACGGGGAGUACAGGGAGCAGCUGGGAAACUUCGCUCGGCGGGAGGCGGCCCGUUUGCUGACCGAGCGACAAUGGCAAAGGCGGGCGGGAGAAAACGACGCGGCGGCGGCGGCGGCGGCCGGAGGGGCCGGACGGCGGCAUCAGCUUCAUCAGCACCCCGUCGUCUUGGAGUCACACCUCAGUCACAGCUCGUCCACCAAGAAGCCACGCCCCUACUCCAAAUGUCAAGAUUGCUUGGCCCGCGGGCGGCGCUACGUUGUGACCAAGAUGGGGGAGGACUGGAUUUUCCUGGUCCUCCUUGGCCUGACCAUGGCGCUGGUUAGCUGGAGUAUGGACUACGCCAGCGCCAAGAGUCUGCAAGCCUACAAGUGGAUGUACGGGGAGCUGAAGGGCAACGUGGCGCUCCAAUACCUCGCCUGGAUAAGCUAUCCCAUGAUCCUGGUCAUGUUUGCUUCGCUCUUCUGUCACCUGGUUUCCCCGCAGGCCAUCGGUUCCGGUAUCCCCGAACUGAAAACCAUCCUGAGGGGUGUGGUUCUGAAGGAGUAUCUGACCCUGAAGGCCUUUGUCGCCAAAGUCAUCGGCUUGACAGCGGGCUUGGGCAGCGGGAUGCCAGUGGGCAAAGAGGGUCCAUUCGUCCACAUCGCCAGUAUCUGUGCGGCGGUGCUGAGUCGCUUCAUGUCCAUCUUCUCUGGCGUCUAUGAGAACCCUUACGGUUACACAGAUAUUCUGACUGUUGGCUGUGCCGUUGGAGUGGGAUGUUGUUUCGGCACUCCACUAGGAGGGGUUUUGUUCAGUAUUGAGGUCACGUCUACCUACUUUGCAGUGAGGAAUUACUGGCGGGGAUAUUUUGCCGCCACAUUCAGCGCGUUCAUAUUCAGGGUGCUCUCUGUAUGGAACAAGGAUGCCGUCACCAUCACGGCUCUCUUCAAAACCAACUUCCGCAUGGAUUUUCCCUUUGACCUCCAGGAGUUGCCAGCCUUUGCAAUUAUCGGAAUCUCGUGCGGCUUCCUCGGGGCGUUCUUCGUCUACUUAAACAGACAGGUGGUCCUGUUUAUGAGAAGACCCACGGCGCUCACACGCUUUCUGACGAAACAUCGACUGAUCUAUCCAGGCGCAGUCACGCUGAUCAUCGCCACCUUCACAUUUCCUUCUGGAUUUGGGCAGUUUAUGGCUGGUGAGCUCAUGCCCAGAGAGUGCAUCAACUCGCUGUUCGACAACUUCACCUGGACCAAAAUCUCCGCCUCCGCCCCUCCGCCCGGCCUGGGCCGCUCGGCCGCGUGGCUUCACCCUCAGGUCAACGUCUUUGUCAUCCUCCUACUCUUCCUCGUCAUGAAGUUCUGGAUGUCAGCGGUUUCCACCACCAUGCCCAUCCCCUCGGGCGCCUUCAUGCCAGUGUUCAUAUUUGGAGCCGCUUUUGGUCGCCUGGUCGGGGAGAUCAUGGCGACUCUGUUCCCAAAUGGAAUCCUUUUCGACGGGAUCGUGUAUCGCAUCCUGCCGGGAGGCUACGCCGUCAUUGGCGCGGCCGCCAUGACGGGAGCGGUCACUCACACGGUUUCCACCGCAGUCAUCUGCUUUGAGCUGACGGGUCAGAUCUCCCACAUCCUGCCCAUGAUGGUGGCGGUCAUUCUGGCCAACAUGGUGGCCCAGGGUCUGCAGCCUUCGCUCUACGACUCCAUCAUCCAGGUGAAGAAGCUGCCGUACUUGCCUGAGCUGGCCCUCGGGCACAUCAGCAAGUACAACAUCUUUGUGGAGGACAUCAUGGUGCGCAAGGUGAAGUUCUUGUCGUCUCGCUCCACCUAUCGGGAACUGAAUCGUCUGCUGGAGACGACCACGCUGAAAACCAUCCCGCUGGUUGACUCCAAAGAAUCCAUGAUCCUUCUGGGCUCCAUCGAGAGGAUGGAGCUCCAAGCCGCCGUCGACUGGUGGCUCUCGCCGGCCAGGCGGGUCUUUGAGAAAGGUCAAAGUUCACCGGGUCAAGUCUCCAAGAUCAGUUGGGAGUCCUUCACCUUUGCGGACGAGGAGGGCGGGAACGAGGGGACGGACAAGAGCGCAGCGGGGCUGGAUGAUUGUAACGGGCCCAUCCCGUUCACCGGAGCUCAGGAGCCCGCCAGCAAUCACACAAGCGCAGACAAGCGCAAAGCACCUUCCGUCCGGAGGACCCUUCAGAGACUCUUCUCCUCGUCGUCAUCGACUGGACCGACCGACGCGCAGGAAACGGCGCCGCCGACGUUGAUUGACACCAUGUCGCCGGACGAGAUCAAAGCCUGGGAGGAGGCCGAGGUGGACAAGCCCAUCGAUCUGGAGCAGAUUCGGAUUGACCCCUCCCCCUUUCAGCUGGUGGAAAGAACGUCGUUGCACAAGACCCACACUCUGUUCUCUCUGCUGGGUCUGAGUCAUGCCUACGUCACCAGUAUUGGCAAGCUGGUGGGUGUUGUCGCACUCAAAGAGUUACAGAAAGCCAUCGAGGGCUCGACUCGGAGCGGCGUGAGGCUCCGCCCUCCCUUGGCCAGCUUCCGAGACGCUAACAGGAAAGCCAAGAAGCACCAGCCGCCCUCCUCGACCACUUCCUCCCCGACUUGGGAGCGGGACCUUUGGGGCGAGGGGAACAGGAGGGACGGGGAUGCGGCGGGGAAGGACGAUUCUCCGGGGAUGCCCGCCGGCGAUGCCCCGUCCUCGCCCGGCGAGUCACCGGGCUCGCCCGGCGGCCCCGUCCUCGCCCUGCCCUCCCUGCACGAGGAGAGCGAAGAGUCGGAUGAGCCCAUCUAGGAAGGACGAGUCAGGUCACAAACUUUGCGCUCUCAGCCAGCCAAAUGUUUCUACCUUUUUUUUUUUUUCACUCUUCAAAUCUCAGGUCUCUUCCUGUGUCUUUUACAAACUCUUUUGACAUCUCCGUCCUUCCAUACGAUUGAAGAUCUGCGUCACCGUCUGCUUAUUUUCACCAAGAAGCUCCAUGAAAGACUGGCAGCGCUUAAUGACGACAAUGAAAUGUGUCGAGAUAGACUUCUUGACCUUGACCUCAACGAGGAUUUCCUGUUUACUGAUCAAAAUCAAUUUAAAUGUCUGAUUUACGAUGAUAUCUUUGCUCUAAAUUCGCCCAUAACGGUCUGUAAUUUUUCAAAUAAUAAAUCGGAAAAAAUGUACAAUUUUUUUUAAUGAUUCCUCACGAGUACGACUUAUCCACUUCCAAAAAGAAAGGAAAGCAGCCACUAGCCAUGAUUUUUUUUUCUCCAAUUAUUGGAUGACAUUGGUGAUGUAAACCACUGCUUGUACUUAAGCUGUGGCCGAAAAGUCUCAAGAUUCCCAACCCCGGAUUGAAAUGUUUUUCCUUUUUUUUUUCCCAGAUGACGCAAAGGAAAAGCCCGCAGCACCUCGACGCGAGACAAACGCAGAAAUAUGCACGAGACGUUGGCUUUGUCCGUUUAUUUGCUCCACAGGUGGAGAGACCAGAAAGGGCAGUCGGAGUGGUGGGAGGAGGAGCUUCUGUCGUGCGGGAGUGACGAGGCCCAGGAUGGCAAACAAAACCAACGGAUGAAAACUUUUGUGGGAGGGUAAAAAAAAAAAAAGGAGAGCAGAAAGAAGAAAAAGGUCCAACAGGUAUGCGUGAGUGCCAAUUUCUUUUUUUUUUUCUUUUUUUUUAUACACAAGUGUAUUGUCAUUUCACACAGAAGCCGUGCUUUUUAAUGUCGCUGACUGCCUCUAACGUCCUUUGGUUGAAAAUGUCAAUCGUCUUCACCCGGCGGUGAGUCUUACGACGUGUUGACACAUACACAGAAACAUAGAAAUACACACAAAAGAAGCGGCUGGGGGGGGGGACUCAUACAAAAGGGGGGGGGAGAGAUGUGGUCCUUCAAGCCUUUAAAUCCACAGGAAUAAAUGUGGCUUCUUAUUUAUUAAUUCAUUUGUGAUUUGGAUCAACAAAAUCAAAGCAGGAAUUCACCCCCCCCCGGGAAAGUAGAAGCAGUGUCGUUCCCACUUAUGCAUGUUGCCUCUUGGGGGGGGGGGGGGGGGUGAGCCCACAUAGAACGAAAGCAGCAUCGGAAGAAGGAGGAGACCCUUUUUAGA